AGCUCCGUCUUAAAAAACAAGUAAGAGAUAACAGUUAACACACUCACGAGAGAAAAUGGGAAGAGCUCCAUGUUGUGACAAGACAAAGGUGAAGAGAGGGCCUUGGUCUCCUGAGGAAGACGCUAAGCUCAGAGAUUACAUUGAGAAGUAUGGUAAUGGUGGAAAUUGGAUCUCUCUUCCUCUCAAAGCUGGUUUGAGGAGAUGUGGGAAGAGCUGCAGAUUGAGGUGGCUAAACUAUCUGAGACCAAACAUAAAGCAUGGCGACUUCUCUGAGGAAGAAGACAGGAUCAUUUUCAGCCUCUUUGCUGCCAUCGGAAGCAGAUGGUCAAUAAUAGCAGCUCAUCUACCGGGAAGAACAGACAACGACAUCAAAAACUAUUGGAACACAAAGCUAAGGAAGAAACUCAUGUCUUUGUCUUCUUCCUCUCAUUCAUCACCAGCCAUUGCUUAUCCUUUUCGAAACCCUAAUUCUCAGGAUGUGAAAAGACCAUUAACCCCAUCAGCAACAAUCACACUUUCUUCCUACACUCCGUAUGUUGAGAACCCAACAAGAUCUCUCAUCAACAUCAAUGGCUUCGAAGCUGAUGAUCAACAGAUCUUCCCCUUUAUCAACCCUAAUUAUCCUCACGAUUUCUCUCUCGCGGAUAUGUGCAGCAACAACAACAACAACAUUUUUGGCACAAGUGGUUUCUUGCUCAACCACAAUAUUUGUGAUCAUUUCAGCAACCACAACAGUUUGUCCUCGGAGGUCAAUGGAAAGCGAUCAGAGAUUAUGAUGAAGCAAGAAGAGAUGAUGAUGAUAGACCACCACAUUGGCCAGAUGACAAAAGGGUACAAUGGCGAUUUCACACAAGGAUAUUACAAUAACUACAUUAGUGGACAUGGGGAUUUGAAGCAAAUGAUUAGUGGAAGUGGCACUAAUUCUAACAUAAACAUGGGUGGUUCAGGUUCACGCUCAGCUUCAUCUUCUAGUUUCAUAAGCGACCUAGCUGAGAACAAAACCAGUAGUAGCUUCCUACAACACAAGUGCUUGCCCUAUUUCUACUCCUAGUUCUUCUAGACUCUCUUGUUUUCUUAUAUAAAUAUAUCUUGGACUGACUGUUAGUAAAAUCAAAGAUUUGAUGGGUAUGAGAGGAGAGAGAAUGAGCGAGACAGAGAGACAGGAUGAUCAGUUUUCAUGGGAUUUUGUGUUUUUUUUAUUUAUUAUUUCGUCGACA